AUGUCAAGUACCCAGACAAAUACUCACGGCCACCAGCCCAGCCGCCUGCAGCGUCGGGCCCCCUCCUCCCUCCAGAUUGACCGUUCUCUCCACUGGAACGUCGCCAUCCCCCUCCUCUCACCCCUCGUCUCCUCGCCGCCGCCACUUGACCUUAAGCCGCAGCAAGACCCGCCGCCGCGGGAACCGGAGAUGGUCACGGUGUCCUUCAAGAAGUGGCAGCACCCGGCGGCUCCCUUCUGUUGCGAGCCGGCGCCGAUGGUCCCUCCCUUUGUACCGGCGUAG